AUGGGUAUCGUCGAGAAAGAUGACGGGAUCACACAGGUCUCAUUCAACAAUCCGCUCCCUUACGAUGCGUCCACAACGGAAAAGGGCGUCAUUGAAGAGCCCCAACAGAAUGAGCUUCAUCGUGCCCUCAAGGCUCGUCAUAUUACGAUGAUUGCCAUCGGUGGUGCGAUUGGUACCGGUCUCAUUAUUGGAACCGGUUCAGCUCUGAAAAAGGCUGGUCCAGGUUCUAUCCUGAUCUCAUACUCCUUCAUGGGCUUCAUCGUCUAUCUCGUCAUGUGCGCUCUGGGAGAAAUGGCGACUUGGCUACCUCGUUCAUCGGGCUUUACUGGUUAUGCCGUUCGGUUCUGUGAUCCUGCCCUGGGGUUUGCCCUGGGAUAUACAUACUGGUUCAAAUAUAUCAUCGUCACACCCAAUCAAUUAACGGCAGGCGCCCUGGUCAUCCAAUUCUGGUUACCCGCCGACAAAGUCAAUCCGGGAGUAUGGAUCACCGUCUUCCUCGUGUUGAUCGUCUCCAUCAACUACUUUGGCGUAGGCUUUUUUGGGGAAUUCGAAUUCUGGCUCUCCUCCUUUAAGGUGGUGGUCAUUAUCGGUCUCAUCCUGCUGUCGUUCAUCCUCAUGCUGGGAGGUGGCCCCGACCACGACCGCAAAGGCUUCCGUUAUUGGAGGGACCCCGGGGCCUUCAACACCUAUAUCGACGACGGUGCGGCCGGUCGCUUCUACGCCUUCUGGUCCACCAUGGUCUCCGCGACCUUCGCCUAUCUCGGGACCGAACUGGUCGGAGUGACCGUCGGAGAAGCCCAAAACCCUCGCAAGACCAUCCCGCGCGCCAUCAAACUCACCUUCUUCCGAAUCCUCUUCUUCUACAUCCUGAGCGUGCUCCUCGUCGGCACCCUCGUCCCCUACAACUCUCCCGAACUGAACGCGGCCACCACCAAGUCUUCCUCCGCCGCCGCCUCGCCCUUCGUCGUCGCCAUCGAACUGGCCGGCAUCCCCGCGCUCCCGGACAUUCUCAACGCCUGCAUCCUGCUCUUCGUCUUCUCCGCGGCCAACUCCGACCUCUACAUCGCCACCAGAACCAUCUACGGCCUCGCCAAGGAAGGCAAGGCCCCCAAAUUCUUGGCCAAGACUGACCGCCGCGGUGUCCCUUGGGUUGCCCUCAUAGUGUGCGCCUCGAUCGCCUGCAUCGCCUACAUGAAUGUGUCCAGCGAUUCCAAGACCGUCUUCGGCUACUUCGUCGACCUCGUCACCAUCUUUGGUCUUCUCACCUGGAUCUCCCUCCUGGUCACCCACAUCUGCUUCGUGCGCGCCCGCACCGCGCAGCAGGUCCCCCCGAGCGAACUCGCCUACACCGCGCCCUUCGGCAUCUACGGCUCAUACUUUGCUCUCUUCUGGUGUACCAUCGUCGCCUUCACCAAGUCCUUUGAUGUCUUUGUGCAUGGCAAAUACGGCAACUUCAACUACAAGACCUUUAUCACCUCUUACCUGGGGAUCCCCCUCUACAUAAUUCUCAUCGUUGGAUACAAGGUCGUGACCCGGUGCAAGCGCGUCAAGCCCGAAGAAGCGGAUCUCUGGACCGACAAGGACAUUAUUGACCGUGAAGAGGCUGCUUAUUUGGCUCAGGAGGAGGAGCGGAGGGCAGCCCAAGGGGAAAAAGCCGGCAAGGCUAACUGGUUCUAUAAUACUUUUCUCGCGUGGUUGUUUUAG